CACAAGUAUGGUUAGACAUGUUAAAUUACUUUCAACUGCGCAGAAUAGGUUGUGUCCUGCUUAUACACAGAUUACCAGCUUUUAUAAUUUGACACGGACUGGAUGAGACAAAAUACAGAAAUCUAAACUAAAACCUACAGAAAGUCCGACUGACAUGGAAAAGAAUGUGUGACUAAUCAUAACCUGACACUUACUCCGGAUGCAAUGAAUCAGGCACAGCCUGAAUUGUGGGGCGAAAUAUCUUCCUCAUCAGUUCACGGUUCAAAAACACACACGCAGUCACACUCAACUUGUGCACCUAUUUCCAGUGAGUAGCAUAAACCGACGAGCACAAUGGGAGAUAGCCCAGAUGAGAGUGAUGACGAUAUUGCCCAGAGACACAUCCUCCUCCCCUGGGUGCCCUCCGCAAGGACAGCAGCAAGUCCCUUCCUUGCCGCCGCAGAACUUACCGGCAUCAAAAGACGAUGGUCUAAAAGUGACAGAUGUUGCAUACACCACAUGCCAUCUCCAUAUGAACCAAAAAGUCGAGAUUCAUCAGUACCAAGCAUUGAUCAAACCACGUCAUAUGGGACACCUGCAGAAGGAGACGUACCUGAAUCAAGCGUUGAUCAAACCACGUCAUAUGGGACACCUGCAGAAAGAGAGGCGCCUGAAUCAAGCGUUGAUCAAACCACGUCAUAUGGGACACCUGCAGAAGAAGACGCACCUGGAUCAAGCGUUGAUCAAACCACGUCAUAUGGGACACAUGCAGUAAGAGAUGCACCUGAACCAAGCGUUGAUCAAACCACGUCAUAUGGGACACAUGCAGAAGGAGACGCACCUGAAUCAAGCGUUGAUGAAACCACAUCAUAUGGGACACCUGCAGAAAGAGACGCACCUGAAUCAAGCGUUGAUCAAACCACCUCAUAUGGGACAUCUGCAGGAAGAGACGCACCUGAACCAAGCGUUGGUCAAACCACGUCAUAUGGGACACCUGCAGAAGGAGACGCACCUGAAUCAAGCGUUGAUCAAAAGACAUCGCACGGGGCACCUGCCGGAAGAGGCGCACCUGAAUCAAGCGUUGAUGAAACCACAUCAUAUGGGACACCUGCAGAAAGAGACGCACCUGGAUCAAGCGUUGAUCAAACCACGUCAUAUGGGACACAUGCAGUAAGAGACGCACCUGAACCAAGCGUUGAUCAAACCACGUCAUAUGGGACACAUGCAGUAAGAGAGGCACCUGAAUCAAGCGUUGAUCAAACCACGUCAUAUGGGACACAUGCAGUAAGAGGCGCACCUGAACCAAGCGUUGAUCAAACCACGUCAUAUGGGACAUCUGCAGAAGGAGACGUACCUGAAACAAGCGUUGAUCAAACCACGUCAUAUGGGACACCUGCAGUAAGAGACGCACCUGAAACAAGCGUUGAUCAAACCACGUCAUAUGGGACACCUGCAGAAGGAGACGCACCUGAAACAAGCGUUGAUCAAACCACGUCAUAUGGGACAUCUGCAGUAAGAGACGCACCGGAACCAAGCGUUGAUCAAACCACGUCAUAUGGGACAUCUGCAGAAGGAGACGCACCUGAAUCAAGCGUUGAUGAAACCACAUCAUAUGGGACACCUGCAGAAAGAGACGCACCUGAAUCAAGCGUUGAUCAAACCACCUCAUAUGGGACAUCUGCAGGAAGAGACGCACCUGAACCAAGCGUUGGUCAAACCACGUCAUAUGGGACACCUGCAGAAGGAGACGCACCUGAAUCAAGCGUUGAUCAAACGACAUCGCACGGGGCACCUGCCGGAAGAGCUGCAAGUGACUCAAGCGUUGAUAAAAAAACGUCAAAUACAACGCCUGUAGGUGGAGACGGGCCUGUAUUACCCGUUCAGAACACAUCUCACGGCACAACGGAGAAUACCCAUCCUCCUCGCAGAAGAGAGAUGCCUGACGCAGGGGCCAUGUCGCACAAAGGAUGGAUGUCUCAUGCAACAGACCAAGAUGUUGUUGCUAUGCCAUCACAAGAACAAGGUUUGACUGUCAAUGUUUUCAACAUCACGAACAGUGAGGGAAUACAUGUCACCCAGGAACGGAUCGUGUCGAAAGGAAGACUUUUCGAACCUGACGUUUCUCCAUCAACAGAACCAGUCGGUCAUGACAUGACUACAAGUUGGAAUCAGAAGGACAACCCAUCUGUACAGUCCAGAACAGAUACAUAUAUGCCACACUGUUCCAACUCUAAAUCACAGUUGAAGGGUCAACAGAUACACCAAGCAAAAGAGGAAGAUACCAGUCGUUCGCCAAAACUGAAGCGGAUCUCUGACAGAACACAACAACUAUUACUGCUGACAGAGAAGGAGCUGUUCACGCCGACAAAGGCACUGGCAAUAGCCAAGCGGUCCCUUUUGGAACUCGGUGUAGUGCUUGUCACAGGAAGGUCAGGGGAUGGGAAGACAACUCUGUGUUAUAGAGUUUUGAAGGACAUAGCAAAUAUUCAACAUAGAACCCCUCUCAUCAUCACCACAGCAGAUGACUGGAAAUAUAUACCACCCCCAAGACACGUAAAUAACAUUUCUGAAGAGGAAAAGUAUGUGGUUUUCAUUGAUGACAUAUUUGGUCGAACUAAUUUAUCAAGGGAGGAUCUUAGAAUGUGGGAACGAGAACUGCCGAUUAUGUGGCCUUUAGUUGAAUCUGGGCAGGUGUUUCUGCUGCUCUCAUCAAGGGGAAACAUUUACAAACAGUGUCAGCAAGGUCUAAAAACUUACAAAAUCUUUUCUGCAUUGAAAGAAGUAGGGUUAAACACGGACAUAUAUGGUCUCAAUGUGAAGGAAAAAAUGGAAAUGCUAGAAGCAUAUCUGAACAGAAGAACAGCACUGAAGAUGACUUAUGAUGAGAUGAGACAAGCUGUGAAGACAAGCAAUGAGCUAGGUUUCCCACAAAUAUGCAGGUUUUACAUCAGCAGCAGAGAAGCCCAGAAACGAGGAGUCAAGUUCUUCAGUAGACCAUUACAGUAUCUGAUGGAUGAGGUUAACACUCUCAGGGAGUUUGAUCCCCAAGCCUACGGAGUAUUACUGCUUCUUGCGUUUGAGGAAGGUGUUAUCAAACAAUCCCAUGUUGACCCAUUUUCCUCAGAAUGUGGUCCUCUCAUCAAGAAUUGGGAACUGAUCAGAUCUCUAUGCAACAUAAGCCCAGAAUUUGGGCUCGGUGAUGUUUGUAACGUUGCCAAAAGAUUAUGUGGUAUGUAUUUGUCCUUUGUUGGGGGAUAUUACAGAUUUAGCCACCGAUCCAUCCAUGAGACUAUUGUCUUGGAGUUCACAUCAAAGUACCCAGGAAAGGGUAUAGAAAUUUCUCCAAUUAACAUUCUUGUGGAAUUUGUCAGGACAGUUGAAUGUGAAGACAAAACUGCCACAUCUAUUCUUCUCAGUGAGGAUUACUACAAAGAUUUUGCGGUCAGGAUAAUUGAACUACUCAAAUCCAGAAAUUCUGAAAAAGUCAUGGACCAUUCUGCUCUAAGGAAUGAUACGUUUCUCCAGUACUUCCAUAGUGCACUCUCCGAGGAUGACCGAAAAACUUUAUGCUCCACAACCAUACCUUCAACAUACACCAACAUAGGGGCAUAUUCAGUGUUUUCAAAUGAUUACAUUACAGCUAACUACCAAGACAAGUUGGAGUAUUUCAACUCUGAAAUGCAGGCCAUACAGCUUCCUGUUCCAGAGCUGUAUAUAACGUCAAUACUGUUCGCUAAAGGUCUACAGUCCAUUGCCACAAUACUUACUCCAUCAUCAUUUCAGGGCUGUAGAAUGGAUAUGAACAUGUUUCUUGCAAGCUCCGCAUUUGUUGGGGACUUGACCACUGUUGAGAGGCUCCUUGAUAGUGGCAUUGUUCCCAACGAAACUUGUGUCUUGUCUGCUCUUUUGGCAUUGGGAGACAAUGAAAACGUUUUAAGGAAAAUCCUAUGCCACCAUCAAGCUCCACUACUUGAUACAAACAUGCUGUUGUUUUCUUUGAAAUUUGCUGUGCAUUGUAACAGAGUGAAUACACUGAAAGUUAUCACGAAGAGCAUUGUGAACCAUCAAGCAAAGGAGAAAAUGGUUGACAUUGUUGCCAAAUUAUUUUUUGUUCAGAUGUCAGCUGUACAUGGACAUGUGCCUUUAAAUUUGCCGCUGACAGUAGCCAAUGAACAUGAACACAAAUCUUCUGUUGACACAUUCCAUGUGCUUGUUGCUGCAGAUGCAGAAUUAGACUUUGCAAAAUGCUUAAGCUUUGUAAGCCAGACCACAGACAUUGAGUUAUUAGAGAGUAUCACAUGUGAAAUACGGAAAAGAGAGAAAGGGUCACUACAGUAUCAACAAUCAUUUGACAGACAUAAUGAUUUAGAAACAGAUUGUUCUGCAACUUCAAGUCCUGCUACAUGUCCUGAAUUUCAUCUCAAGUCGCUGAUCAAUUCAAAGGACGAAUAUGGUUGCACACCACUCCACAAUGCAGCUUAUGAGAGCUCAGCAGAAUGUGUCAAGUUUCUCUUGGACAAUGGCGCAAAUCCAAACUCUGAGACAAUCACACUGGAAACACCGUUGCAUGAAGCUGCUCGCACCAAGAAAGAUCGUUUGUCAAAAAUGGAGUCCCUUUUGGCAGCAGGUGCCGAUGUAAAUGCAGCGGACAUAGGUAGUGGCACACCACUUCAUUCACUGGCGCUGAAAGGCAAUUUGACAGAAUUUCAAUACCUUUUACUAAAAGGUGCAAAAAUGAAUGCUGAUAGUCUAGGCCAGACUCCUCUACACCGUGCAGCAAGUGUAUAUACAGUUGACAAUACUGUAAUUCAGCUCCUGGUGGAGAAUAUAGGUGACAUAAAUCAUAGUGAUUAUUAUGGUUGUACACCAUUGAUCUACAUUGCUGGGAAGGGUUCUUUUGCAACGCUGAAAUAUGUCAUAGAAAAGGGGGCUGAUGUUAAUGCUAAAACGAGAAUGGGGAAGACAGCAUUACAUGAGUCAGUUUUGUCCUCCAUUGAAUCAGUUCAUAAGGCAGAGUUACUCUUACAGCAUGGUUGUGGUAUCAAUGAAAUCAGUGAGGAGGGGUUCACUCCGUUACUCUGCGCUGCCCAGCAAGGUACCUUUGAGUCACUGAAGCUACUCGUAGAUAACCAAAGUGAUGUUUCUGUGAAAGACAAGCAAGGGCAGACUGCGCUACAUCUUAUACCUCAUUACUCAAUAGAUGAGGCAAAGAAAAUCAGCUACCUUUUAAAGGCUGGAGCUGACAUUAAUGCUGUAGAUGACAAGGGGGCUACUCCCUUGCAUGUUGCAGCUGCUGAAGGUUGUUUAGCAUCCGUUGAGCCCCUUGUCAAGUACAAAGCUGAUAUUAACUCACGUGAUACUGAUGGACUCACUGUUCUGCACAGGGCUGCACAAUCUCUCACAGACUCGGAGGCGAUCAUUGAAAUCUUGAUUGCUAAAGGGGCUAAUGUCAACAUGAGAGAUAACUCUGGGUUGACAGCUUUGUGCCAUGCAGCAGAACAUGGAACUUUGAACAGUUUACAGAUUUUGGUGGCAAAUGGAGCAGACAUGUUUGUUAGGAGUUCCACUGGAGAGACAGUGUUACAUAUGGUGGUUAAGAAAUACCACAUGCCUUUAGAAAAAGUAGAAUUCUUAAUGGAAAGGGGUGUCAACGUGAACCUUUUGGAUUGUUCCGGAACAAGCCCUCUGCAUUAUGCAGCUCUUGAGACAUCUUACAAAACAGUUAAGUUUCUUGUGGAACAUGGAGCAAAAAUCCAGUGUUCUAAUGACAAUGGAACAACUCCACUUCACAACGCCGUAGAGUCAACGAUUAACAGAAAGCAAAAGGUUGAGCUCUUGAUCAAACAUGGAGCUGAUGUAUUCGCAGCGGACAAGAAUGGUGACACUCCUUUACACGUUGCUACAGACGGCGGCUUUGAACGGUUGGAACUGCUUAUAGUUGAUCUGAACAUAGAUAUUUCAAAUACUGACAAACAAGGAAAUACUUUGUUGUACAGAGCGGCCAUGUCUAGCCGUGAUAUCAAGUCGAAGGCAUUACUGUUACUCGACAAAGGAGCAGACAUCAAUGCUACAGGCAAACAUGGUUGGAGCUUGAUACACUGGGCCAUUUGUUUGGGGAGCGGAGAGGACCUGGCAGAGCUUCUAGAAAGAGGUGCCUGUGCAUCAAGUAUAGAUGAGGAUGGGUCGAGUCUCCUUCUCAAGGCAGUCAAAUCCAAAACAGACGCCUUGAUUAAGGUCCAGCUGUUGCUGAUGAAGGGUUUGUCGCCAAACCAAUUAGACGGAAAAGGUUGCACACCGUUGCAUAUUGCAGCCAAAGAAGGUCUGUUUCAAGUAAUGAUGUUCCUUCAUAAGAAUGGUUCAGACACUUCAGCAAGGAAUAAUGAUGGAAGGACAAUAUUACAUGAGGCAGCGGUAUCACAGAUAGAUACACAUAAAAAGGUGGUGUCACUGGUGGAGGACGGUGUGGAUGUAAACGCACUCGACAACAAUAAUAUAACCCCACUGCAUGACCUAGCGAGACAGGGGCCAUUUGAAACACUUGAAUACAUCAUUAGUCAAGGAGCUGAUGUCACUUUCACAGACAAUCUUGGAAAAACACCUUUGCACUUAGCUGCGAGCGCAGGGUUGGGUGGUGUAAAGAAGGUUGGGUUACUCCUUGAUAAAGGUUGUUCUGUGAACGUGGAGGACUACAAGGGACACACCCCAAUGAAUGAUGCAUCUGUGGCUGGGGAUACUGACUGUGUGAAUUAUCUUGCUCAGAGAGGUGCAACAGGUCGGGAUGAGGAUGCAGGUGGAGGUUUAGCCUAGUGGUUAAAGCUUUCGCGGGUUCUAUUUCCCACAUGGAUUCAGUGUGUCAAGCCCAUUAAUAUAGAAAUUGUAAAGUAGCUAAAUCUAAAAAACUCACUUGUUAUGAAGUGGCGGUCGGUUAGCCUAGUGGUUAAAGCGUUCGCUCGUCACGCCGAAGACCCGAGUUCGAUUCCCGACAUGGGUACAAUGUAUGAAGCCCAUUUCUAGUGUCCCCCGCCGUGAUAUUGCUUGAAUAUUGCUAAAAGCGGUGUAAAAUUAUACUCACUCACUCACUCACUCGGUAGUUAUGAACAUACAAUACAGCGUUAUUGAUGUCACAUUCUUUAAGUAAACAAUGAAAUCUGUUUCAUUUGGAAACUGUCUUUCCAAGAGUGAAGGGGGGCACGGGUGGUCUAGUCGUCUAAGGCGCCGCGAUUCAGAGCAGAGCUGUGUCCCUUGGGC